AGCGGGGGGCGGGGGAGCGAUGAUCGCAAGAUGGCGGCGCUGAAGGAGGAUCGGAGCUACGGGCUGUCGUGCGGGCGGGUGAGCGACGGCAGCAAGGUGUCCGUGUUCCAUGUGAAGCUCACCGACAGUGCCCUGAGGGCCUUCGAGAGCUACCGCGCCAGCCAGGAUUCUGUUUCACUGAGACCUUCGAUCCGAUUUCAGGGAAGUCAAGGGCACAUCUCCAUCCCCCAACCUGACUGCCCCGCGGAGGCGCGGACGUUCUCCUUCUACCUCUCCAACAUCGGCCGUGACAGCCCCCAGGGCAGCUUCGACUGCAUCCAGCAGUACGUCUCCAGCCGAGGGGAUGUCCACCUGGACUUCCUGGGCAGCAUCCAGGACAAAAUCACAGUGUGCGCCACGGACGACUCCUACCAGAAGGCGCGGCAGAGCCUGGCGCAGGCCGAGGAGGAGACGCGGAGCCGAGGGGCCAUCGUCAUCAAGCCCGGAGGCCGCUACCUGGGCAAGAAGGUUCAGUUUCGGAAACCGGCCCCGGGGGCAGUGGAUGCUGUGCCCUCCCGGAAGCGGGCAACCCCUAUCAACCCGGCCAGCGCCAUCAAGAAGUGCAGCGCUGGCAGCGCUGGCGGGGGCAGCGGGGUGUCUCAGCGGCCCUUCCGGGACCGCGUGCUGCACCUGCUGGCGCUGAGACCCUACCGGAAGGCCGAGCUGCUGCUGCGGCUGCAGAAGGACGGCCUGGCGCAGGCGGACAAGGACGCGCUGGACGGCCUCCUCCAGCAGGUGGCCAACGUGAAUGCCAAGGAUGGCACGUGCACGCUGAAGGACUGUGUGUACAAGGAUGUGCAGAAGGACUGGCCCGGCUACUCGGAGGGAGACCAGCAGUUGCUGAAGCGGAUGCUCAUCCGGAAACUGUGCCAACCACAGGGCACAGGCGGCCUCCCUGGGGACCCUGCUGCCAACAGUCCUCCGGGCGAGCACGGGAGCUCAGCCUCGCCCCCUCAGAAACGGCCGCAGCCUCCUGAUUUCAUUGACCCUCUGGCCAACAAGAAACCCAGGAUAUCGCACUUCACCCAGAGAGCUCAGCCCACAGUCAACGGGAAGUUGAGCACAACCCUUGGCCGCGAAGGCCUGCUGCCCACCCCGGGCCUGCUGGCUGGCACGGACGCCCACCUGCCCCUGCGACUGGAGCCGCCGCGGGCCCACGACCCCUUGGCCGACGUCAGCAACGACCUGGGCCACAGUGGCCGGGACUGUGAGCGUGGGGAGGUGGCCGCCCCAGCCCCUACCGAGCGCCUCAGCAUGCCCCUGCUGACGGACUGUGCCCAGCCCAGCAGGCCCCACGGCGGCUCCUUGCACGGCAAAUCCAAGAAGAAAUCCAAGAAGCACAAAGACAGGGAGAGGGCCGCAGAGGACAGGCCCCGGGACCGGCCGCUCGGCCCGGUGCCAGGCCCCCUUGGAGCCCCUCCAGUUGCCCCACCAGUCGCCCCGGGUUUAAACGGGACCUGCAGCAGCUCAAGUGUCCCCACGUCGACCUCGGAGACGCCCGACUACUUGCUAAAAUACGCCACCAUCUCCUCCUCGGAGCAGCGGCAGAGCUACAAAAAUGACUUCAACGCCGAGUACAGCGAGUACCGAGACCUGCACGCCCGCAUCGAACGGAUCACGCGGCGCUUCACGCAGCUCGAUGCCCAGCUCCGGCAGCUCUCGCAGGGCUCUGAGGAGUACGAGACUACUCGUGGGCAGAUCCUUCAGGAAUAUCGAAAAAUCAAAAAGACCAACACCAACUACAGCCAGGAGAAGCACCGCUGCGAGUACCUGCACAGCAAGCUGGCCCACAUCAAGAGGCUCAUCGCCGAGUACGACCAGCGGCAGCUCCAGGCGUGGCCGUAGCCCCAGGCCCCGGGGCAGGAGGUCCCGCGCGCCAGCCAGGCCGGCUCACCUCACCGGCUGACUGUUCUGGAUGGUGGGGGAGCUGGGGGCAAGGGGGAGCUGAAGACAAGAAAACGGAGAUUUAUUUAACACAAUAAACGUGAGGAAGAAUACAGUCAUCUGAGCCAGCGACGCCGGCUUUCAGGGGAGCCCAUGCAGGCCUGGCCGCCCACAGGUCACACAAACCCAGGUAGGGUGUCCAGCUCCCCCCAGGUCCCCCACACCUCCUGUGCAGGCCCCUGCCUAGGAUGGGCUCCCCAAGAAGCCCACCUCCUCGCCAGCCACCCCACAGGGGGCUUCAAGUUUUUGUCAGAGAAAGACUCCAAGGCCGGCCUGCCUGCUUGCUUUUUCUAGUUUUAUACAAAGACAGGCUACUGCUGACGAGACUCAAGUCUAUUUUUGUACGAAAGAAAAAGCAUCUUUUUUCUACACCUGUGCCUCCCCUCCUUGGACGCCCAGGGUCUAGACGCUGCCCUGGGUCCUUUCUACAGUAUUACAGAUGCUCCGGAAGUCUGGCCUUGCCUCUGCGAGCUCGAGCUCAGAGGAAAGGACCGGUGGGGGGCGCCGGGGGCCCCUCCCCUGCGCUGGUGUCACACACCCCCUCUCCCUGGCUCCGAGUGGGGCGGGCUCGGCCGUGCAAGCCCUGCAGCUCUAUUUGGAAAACUCCAGCUGGCCCAGGAGCAGCUGCUGGGAGCCACCAGGCCCGCCUUGCUAUUCCAGGCCCUCAGCUGUCGGGGGUCACCGGGAGCUUCUGUGCUUGUAGCGCGCUCUGCAGCACCAGCGUCGGAUUUUCUCUUGCUGUCUUCCCCAUUCUCUCCACUGCUGCUCCUCACUUGGUACUGCUGAGGCCAAGUGGUCCCCGUGUUCUGGACCUCGCUCCGCCCCUCGGCCCCACGUGUGGGUUCUGGGGUCCUUUUUGCAGAGCCCCCACGGGGUUUGCACUCAGGGAGGGGCUGGGGGCCGAGGGGGCCAGGGAGCCCCCGGAGAGUGAGCUCAGAAGAGGUGCCUGAUCCCCCUCUCUGGGGGUGCUGGCCCCAGGACACCCAUUUGCUGCUUAGUCACUGUGCCUAGUCUGAUGUCCCUGAAAGCGUCAGGGGGCGUGUGUGUGUGUGUGUGUGUGUGUGUGUGUGCGCGCGCGCGCGCGGGGCCCCGCCAGGCCGUGCUGAGGUCUAAAGUGCGCCUUCACGUGAAUUCAGAGCCACGUUCAGCGAAGCCACGAUGGGGGAAGGCUGUGGGGCUGGUUGCAACCCCCAGCCCUGGGGUCACUGCGGGGGGCGGGGGCAGGGGUUGCUGCCAGGAUCCUAGUGAGGCAGGGAGAGCGGAAAUGCUCGCAUAGACACGUCUAUUUUUCUAAGCUGCAGGGGUGUCUCCUGAUGGCUUCCCAAAGAGCAGUCAUGCCUGCAGUGCCCCCCCCCCCAGCAGCUCCAUGGGACCCCUGGGGUGCCCGGAGCGCUGAGGAAGCUGAUCCUUUAUGUUUCAAUAGCUGUCAUUUUGUUUUUCAUUUGGGAUGGAGGGGGACAAGCUGAGCAGACCUGGGACCCUGAGUUCUGUGAGUAGCCAUCAUGUACUCAUUCGAGGGGCCCCACCCCGGAGGGCCCACCUGCCCUCUGCCCUGGGGUCCAGUUCAAAGGACUCUCAGUUGAAUUUCCUCCUCCUCCUCAUUUUUUGUUGUUGUUGUUUAUUUUCUCCUUUUAAGGAAUUAUGAAGCUAAGAGGAGUUUUGUGCUUGGGGCGAGGGUUGAUGGACAAAAGUUCUAGCUGAUUAAAUAUGGUCUAACUUAUUGAUACUGUUUUUUUUUUUUUUUUCUUUUAAUAUUGUACUGUGGAGAAAAACUAUUUUGAGCCAUGGAGUUGGUGUUUACAAGAACUUUUCACUUUUGCCAAAAUGUUACAAUUGAAAGACGUCUGCAUCUUCAGUUUCCUAAUAUUUUCUUAAAAGAUCUAUAGUGUCCUUUUUGUACACUAAACAGGUGAAUGCUGAUUUUUUUCAACCUACAAUAAAUUCACUGAACUGAAUCUGUCAGCCCAA